UGUCGUGACAACAAGAUGAGAGUGCCGCUAUACUUGCGAUUAUUUUUCACAUUUUUAUGUGUAAAUACUGCAGUUGGAUUUCCGGAACAAGGCAAAUGGGAUUUGGUGUUAACAAAGCGCCUCACGUAUAUUCCUAUUCCAAAAUCUUUGUACGAGGGAUUCAGCAUUUUUCUGCAGGUUACCUGUGACCCGGCGCAAAGUAACGCGCCAGAAUUACGUGUGAACAUUUCCUGGACUUUGCGGGAACUGAAAUGUUGGCAGGAAUACGUGAGCUACUCUUAUCUGCUUCAAGAUGAAAGGUUUCCAUCAACAAAUAAUGUUACCCAGCUAAAAUCUAAGAAUUAUGUUCAUCGCUGUAGCAACGAUGAGCAUAUCGUAAUCCCUGAAGUAGAAUUCCCUGGUUCGAAGGAGACACAUACGUCACCGUCCCGGAGAAAUAGUGGACCGCUAAACAAUGACCAACGACCGGUUUUUACAGUUAGCAAAGAUGGACUGUACAUUUUUACAAUUCUUAUCGAGCCAGCAGAUAAGGAAGCGGUUCGAGCGACUGAAGACCUGGACGCUUUGGGUGAUUACACGGCAAGUGUACACUUGCAAAUUAAGCGGCCUAGUGGCUAUCUCUCAGCCGUUGAUUGGCCUCUACUUCCGUUCUAUGGAGCCAUGUGUUUGGUGUACGUUUUGCUCGGAAUCGUUUGGUUGACCGUCUCUUUUCUGCAAUGGAGAGAUUUAUUGCGCAUUCAAUUUUGGAUUGGUGGUGUAAUCUUGCUUGGAAUGUUGGAAAAGGCUAUGUUUUACGGCGAAUAUCAAAGCAUUAAUUCCACUGGAGUGUCAGUGAAAGGAAUGGUGCUGUUGGCUGAAUGGGUAUCUUGUGGAAAAAGGACAUUGGCACGCAUGCUUGUGAUCAUCGUUUCGCUUGGCUUCGGAAUCGUGAAACCACGCCUGGGUCCUAUGUUGCAUCGAGUGGUUGGAACAGGUGUGCUUUAUUUAGUUCUGGCCUGCGUAGAAAGUUUCCUACGGAUCAUGCAUACUAAGAACGACCCUAGCAAUCAAAUACUGGUUGCCAGUAUACCACUAGCAGUUCUUGAUUCUGCAAUUUGCUGGUGGAUUUUUACUUCCCUUGUUCAGACUACGCGAACAUUAAGACUGCGAAGAAACAUGGUGAAACUGUCCUUGUACCGACAUUUUACCAACACCCUUAUAUUUGCUGUGCUAGCGUCAGUGGUAUUCAUGUUGUAUUCGAUAAAAGUACACCGUUUCGCCGAAUGUCUGACUGACUGGAAGGAACUCUGGGUGGAUGAUGCAUUUUGGCACGUUCUUUUCUCAACUCUUUUGCUUGUGAUCAUGAUUCUAUGGCGGCCAACUAACAACAAUCAACGAUACGCGUUCACUCCUCUGCUUGAUAACCCAGAAGAUGAAGAUGACGAAGAGGAAGAUCAGUUUGUAUCAGAUGCAUAUGGAGUAAAAAUGCGUGGUGCCAGAAGCAACUCACCCAAACCGAACGCCAAGAGCCCCACCACCGACGAGGAGAACCUGCGAUGGGUCGAGGAUAACAUACCAGCAGCGAUUGCGGACGCAGCCCUUCCAGUUUUGGAUUCGGACGAAGAAAUUAUCAAUACCAAGUUUGAAGUCUCCAAAAUGCAGUAGAACUCUACAAGCUAUUAUUGCACCUUAAUUCCUACGUUAAAUAGUAAAUAGUCAAAUAAGCUUGCCAGGUAAUUCCUGCGUCUCCGUCGGUAGUUCAUACUGAUUUCGUAACAAAUUGCUCUCGUUCUGAAUAAAAAUAAGAAAUCAAGGUUGCGGCCUUUUUGCGUGUCAGGAGCCCACGUUCCUGGCACAUGUCCACGUUUAUAAAAAGGUGAAGUUAAUUAAAAGUGAUACCAUUUCGAACGGCACUAGUCAAACGAUACAUUUACACACAUCUGUAGUGAAUGGAUAUGAGCAACACGCGGAAGUACCGUUCAAAGAAUAGAUUUUCUUUCGCUGGAACCAUAGCCAAGAGGUUGUGGUGACGAAGACAGGUUUUAUUAUUCAUGUGAUUUGCUUCCUUUUAGUUUAUUCUCUAAUUACCAAGGAACACGUUUUUCUUUCCGAAGUAAGGCGACAUUAUCAACUGAUGUGGUGAGGAAGCGAAACUAUUUUAAAGAUAACAGAACAGUCUUUAUAAAAACUAGAUUCAUGAUUUUGUUAGGAAAUUAUGCUUCAUAACUUAUGACUCUUGCUUUUACACCAACGUUAAUAAGUAACGUGGAUGUCUUUUUGGACCAGUAGAUUAUGGAAAAUUAAGGUACAAUAGAAUAUGUCCUUUAUCGGAAAGUAAACAGCCCGACGUACUUCGGUGACGAACGCGGGAUAGGAUCGAAAUUUGAAAUGAAAUAAAAUAGUCCAAUACAUACAUC